CUUCUGAUCAAUUGUUUCGGGCUGAGAGACAUUGUGACCCACAAUCCUGCCGUUGACAUUGUAGCCCAAGAAAAGCUCGCAGACUUCGUUUCGUUGGGAAAACUCAUGCUUGGUGUGAUAUAUGGCACAGCCUCGGCAAUUCAGCGGCCUAACGCAAUUCAACUCAUCUCACAAGUCUACAAGAAGGAGUUGGCAAACCUCAUCAGUGACCUCCUGAGUGGCACGGUCACCUCAGUGGACACCCUGACCAUGGUUACUGCGCCCUACGCCUACGACCACUUGGCCUCUCUCUACUCCUCUAAUGACUUCCUUGAACAACAGCUGCUGAGGGAAAUGGAGUGUGAGCGCCUUUUCCGUCUGAUUUGCAAACUGAAUUCUGUUGUGGAACGAAAUGACGUGAAACGUCCAGACCGUUCGGCACCGGCAUGGUCAGAAACCGGGGAUCGGUACAUGUUGAAACUCUUCCGAGACUUUGUCUUCCAUCAGGUUGACCAAUGCGGCGCUGCUCAUUUGGACCUGGCACACAUAGUUAACUCCCUAAACAAGGUGGAGUGCGCCUCACCAGAAAAGCUCUGCCUUGUGAGUCGGGAUGGCCAACGGGUGAUCAUCGCGAGCUUUGCGGAGGUGCGUCAAUGGUUGGACAACAGUUUCGCCACCCUCGUGGAGGAACACAGACGGAGCCUGUUUGAACAACAGAUGGAUCAGCAGCGCCAAUUAGACCAGAGCGUUGCCGCUGCUGGGGAAGCUGUGGACGGCACGACGGCCUCACCCCUCGAAGCCGCGAUUUCAAUGACUGUCAACAGUACCUCCGCGGGUGUUGCCAAAGAUUCGCAAGAGGCUGCCUAA